CCACCUUCUCCCUCCGUCCCUCUUCUGACAGUAGCCAUGUGCUCAGCAGGGGCUCUGCAGCCCUGUUUGCUUUAGCUGGGGAGAUGUUUGCCUUUCCUGCAGAACUCCAGCUGCCGGGGAAACCUGGGGCGGCUGUGUUGAUUUAUUAGGGCACAGUGUGCCUCAGGAAUGCCUCUGCUAAGGAGCUGGGAGUGAUGGAAGGGAUCCUGCCCGGAGCGGCGUGAAGCCUUCUCGUUUCUCUUUACACAGACUCGAAGCAGGAAUUCCCCAAAGCAAGCUUGAGGCACACUCCUCAGGAAGAGAAAUGAAGGUGUCUCAGCGUUCCCAAGAUCCCAGAUGAGCAUUUACCAUGCCUCUGGGAACGUUCUUCCUUCCUGUUCUCUGUUUCCUGGGAGCAGCGAUCCCGAGGGGGCUGCAGUACGUCACGUUCUCGCGCAAUGCUACGAAAUUCCUCCACCUGUCCAUGGACUUGGAGUCUGGCUCCAUUUACCUGGGGGCCACCAACUUUCUCUUCCAGCUGACAUCUGACCUGCUGAUGCAGAACGUGGUUCAAACCGGGCCGGUUCUGGACAGUAAAGACUGCCUCCCCCCAGUCUCGAGGCUGGAGUGCCCUCAGGCCCACCACACGGACAAUCACAACAAGCUGCUGCUGGUGAACGCGGUGCAGAAGGAGCUCAUCGUGUGCGGCAGCGUGCACCAGGGGAUCUGCGAGAAGAGGAGCCUCGCGUCCAUCGACCACGUCCUCUUCCGACCGGAGAGCCCUGGCGACACUCAGUACGUUGCUGCCAACGACCCCAAUAUCACCACCGUGGGACUCGUGGCCUACUCGAAGGAUGAGGUCCCUUUGCUCUUUGUGGGACGAGGGUACACGAGCCGAGGAGUCGGAGGAGGGAUUCCUCCCAUCACUACCCGAAACCUCAGGGCCCACGGUGGGGAUGUCCAAGCAACAGACUCUCACUCCAUUUUCUCCUAUGAAGAAACAGCUAAACUGGCCGUGGGCCGGCUCUCCGAGUACAACCACCAUUUCAUCAAAUCCUUCACGUAUCGCUCCAGCGUCUAUUUCCUCUUCUACCGUCGGGAUCUCAAGUCUCAGUCGCGUGAGUACAAGACCUACAUCUCGCGGAUCUGCCUGGAUGACUCCCAUUAUUACUCGUACGUGGAGCUGCCCCUGCUCUGCCAGAGCAAAGCCAACACCUACAGCCUCCUGCAGGCAGCCUACGUCACCCGGCCGGGGAAGGACCUGGCCCAGGGGCAGCUGGACACUGACGGAGAAGUGCUCUUUGCAGCCUUCUCUGCCUGGCAGGCUUCUUCUGGCAAACUGAGCGAGGAGUCUGCGCUCUGCGUCUACGCGAUGGAGGAGGUGGAUCGCCUGACCAACUGGACCAGGGACGUGUGCUACAUGAGGGAUGGGAAGUCAGAAGAAGGCACAGAAGUGGCAUAUAUCGAAUACGAUGUCAGUUCCAACUGCGUCCAGCUGCCAGCGGACACCCUGUAUGCAUACCCCUGUGGCUCUGACCACACUCCCAGCCCCAUGGCCAGCCGGGUACCCUUGGAAGCAGCCCCCCUCCUGGAGAAAACAGAUGCCCGACUGACAGCCGUGGCGGUGAACGUGGAAGAUGGCCACACCAUCGCUUUCCUGGGAGACAGCAGAGGGAGACUGCAUAAGGUGUACUUAGGAGCAAUGGGAGAUGCACAUAUAUACGCUUCUUUGCCUAUCCAAUUAAACAGCGUGGUGAGUGGAGACCUGCUGUUUGACCAGCUGCAGGAGAACCUCUUCGUCAUGACCCAGUCAAUGGUGGUAAAGGUUCCCAUACUGGAGUGUUCCCUCUACUUGGACUGCGAAUCCUGUCUGGCACUGAAAGAUCCUUACUGUGGCUGGUGUGUCCUUCAGGGACGGUGCAGCCGUCGCUCUGAGUGCUUGCGGUCCAGGCUGAGUGAGCAGUGGCUCUGGAGCUUUAACUCUACACAGCAGUGUCUCUCUGUCCAGUCACUAACUCCAGCCAAUAUCAGCAGAGAGGAAAAGAGAAAUAUAUUCCUGGCUAUCUCGGACUUACCUUCUCUACAUGAGGAAGAAUUCUACUCGUGUUACUUUGAAGAUUAUGAAAGCCCAGCAGUUCUGACAGAGUCAGGAAUCAUGUGUCCUUCGCCAGAUCCCAGCCAAGCACCAACCUUGCCAGCAGGAGCAGAUCAUGUCACCAUAAAGCUCGUAGUGCGUUUCCAUGACAUCUUCAUUGCUUCUGUGGACUUCUCUUUCUAUGACUGUGCUGCAGUGGCCCUGCUAUGGAAAUCAGCACCGUGCCAGAAGUGUGUGAGCAGUCCUUGGGGAUGUAACUGGUGCAUCCAGCAGCACCUCUGCACCCACAAGGCAGCGUGUGAGGAAGGAAUCAUCAUCUACAAUGAAAGGGCCCAGCUGCCAACUUCAAGCGUGUUUCCUUCUUCAGCAGCUCCCCUCACCAAAUCCUCUACAGUAGCCCCUAUGGUGGCCACAAAACCCAUCACUGUGCGUGUGGUACUGAGCACUGCGUCCCACACAGAGCCCAACCACGUCACUCCCUCUGCAACCUCAGAUUCAAUGACUGAGCCUACAGAAACCUUCCUCUACACGUCCUCAACUCUUUCAACCGAAGCAGCGUCUCUCCAGGCUGUCACAGAAGCCCCCCUGCCACCACCAGCAGACAAACCUGCUGUCACUCUGCCAGACACAACUUCUCCUGCUGCAUCUGUCCUCACCAGUCCGUCCAAAAAUGGGGAUCAUGCAGCCCUGCCCACCGCAGAGCCAGCCACUGCCCAGGAGCCGUGGGGCACUGACCCACCCACCACUGCAGUAGCUACUCCUCUGCUCACAACCGCACCAGCAGUGACACCUUCCCCUCACGUCACCAAUUUCAGGUGGCCUCCAAAUUCUUUUCCUACCACCGAAGCCCAGACAUCUGCCAUCCCAUCUCCCCAGCCCCGCAGCGAGGUGCCAGGGGAGCCUGCUGCCUCUGAUGACUCUCCUGGUUUCCUGGGAACCGAAAUUCCUGCUUCGGAGCUCCCGCCGUCAGCUCCCCCAGACUGGCUGCUGGGGGAAGACACGGAGCUCCAGGACACGGAGGACUGGAUGGAUUUGCUGCAGGCUGAGAAUGAGACGUCUCCCUUCUCUGCUUCCACUCUUCUGUCGGGUGAUGGCGAUUCUUCAGAGAGGGAUGUCCCUGACUUACCCAGGAUCCUCCACCCUGACCUCGACUAUCAGUAUGAUGCCCCUGGGUUUUGGGAGGAGAAUGAAGAGUUUAGCUGGGGUCCUGGUGCGUGUCCCUGUGUGCAGGGAAUCCAGGGAUCUUCGCUGUUUCCAGUCAACGUGGCAAGGAAGAUAACCCUGCUAGGAAAGAACUUCCACCUCUACCAGGACCAGCAGUGGGACUAUGAGUGUGUCCUGAAUUUGGAGGGGAGGAUAAUGGUGAUGGAUGCUUAUGUGGAAAGGGAAGAAACCAACCAGUCCCUGUGUUAUAUCACCUGCCAGCUGAACCAGUACAGCUACACAGCACCUCAACUCGAAUUCAAUGCCGUGGUGUUUGUGCAGAGGAGACGACACCUCCGAGUGGACAGUGCUGCAGAUCUCCACGUGACUUUUUACAACUGCUCUGUGGGACACACCGAUUGUAGCCGCUGCCAAACAGCUGACUCGAAGUACAACUGUGUGUGGUGUGGAGGCAGCAACCCCAGCUGCAUCUUCAGGGGCUCCUGCAAAGAAGAGAUAGAAGACCUGUGUCCAGCACCACUCAUUCACUCUGUAUACCCCCUGUCUGGACCAGUGGAAGGUGGCACUAGAAUCACCAUCACUGGCUCAAACCUCGGGCAGAAACAUCAAGACAUUGCAGAAACUGUCACUGUUGCAGGAAUUCCUUGUGCCGUAGAUGCUCAAGAGUAUGAGAUCUCUAGCAGUAUCGUCUGUGUCACUGGCGGGAGCUGGACGGAGAGAUUCGGGCACGUGGUGGUGGAAGUGCCUGGAGGAGGACGUGGAGUCUCUGGGCAUAUUUUCACCUAUCAGAACCCGGAGCUGAAAUCCAUUGUUCCAACUCAGGGCCCUAAAGCAGGAGGAACAUGCCUUACCCUUCUGGGCUCAAAGCUGCUGACUGGACAUCCUAGUGAGAUCAGUGUCCUGCUUGGAGACCUCCCUUGCCGCAUCCUCUCUGAGAUGACAGAGGAUCAGCUGGCGUGUCAGACAAGUCCCAGCAACGUGUCUGCAGAGCUACCAGUCACUAUCAAGUAUGGGGACCAGGAGCGGAGGCUGGAAGGAUUCCUCUUCAGAUAUACCCUGGAUCCCAACAUCACUUUUGCAGAGCCACCUAAAAGCUUUCUCAGCGGAGGGAGAGUGCUCAGAGUUCACGGAUACAACUUGGAUGUUGUACAGAAACCGAAGAUUCGUGUUACAGUCUCUCCAUCUGAACGCCGGCGCCGAGGAGUGGGGCGAUGGCGCAGAAUAAUCCCAGACACCGAGUGCCCUGAGGGUGCUCUGUGCAGCGUCCAGCAGUUUGAAGAACCGUGUCUUGUUAACUCCUCCUACCUGAUCCUGUGCAAGACUCCAGCCAUUAACCUGCUAUUACGGAGUGUCCACAUCAAACUGGAAUUUAUUCUGGAUAAUUUGAGCUUCGAUUUCAACUCAUUGCAUCCCAUGCCCUUCUCUUACGAAGUCAACCCCAUCCUCAAGCCACUGAAUGCUGAAGACCCUGCCAAACCAUAUCGUCACAAGCCAGGAAGCGUCAUCUCUGUGGAGGGGGAAAAUCUAGAUCUGGCCAUUUCCAAGGAUGAAGUUAUGGCCAUGAUUGGGGAAGGAAUCUGCGUGGUGAAGACACUAACGAGGAAUCAUCUCUACUGUGAGCCUCCUUCUGAGCAGCCAGCUCCGCGGCACCGCACAAAGCGGGAGGGCACCGACUUGCUCCCAGAGUUCACGGUACAAAUGGGAAACCUGAACUUCCUCCUGGGCCGAGUGCAGUAUGACACAGAAAGCCAGCUCACCUUCCCACUGGAGGCACAGAUUGGUUUGGGUGUUGGUGCGUCCUUUGUGGCACUCGUCGUUCUGGUCAUUGUCUUCAUAUACAGGAGGAAGAGCAAACAGGCUCUGAGGGAUUACAAGAAAGUUCAAAUCCAGCUGGAAAAUCUAGAAACAAGUGUUCGGGACAGAUGCAAAAAGGAAUUCACAGGAAACAUCAUUCCUCAUCUUCAGUCCCAUCCUGCUGGCCCUAGUUCCUGCCUGCACUCACCUCAUGCUCUGUACCAUCGCUUGUGUGAUCAUGCGGUCAACAUCACGGGCAUUUCCUUUCCCCCAGACCUGAUGACUGAGAUGAUGGACCUCACAAGCGACCUCGUGGGCACAGGCAUCCCCUUCUUGGACUACAAGUCCUAUGCGGAGCGCAUUUUCUUCCCGGGCCACCGUGAGUCACCAUUGCAAAGGGACCUGGACAUCCCCGAGUGCCGGCGGCAAACGGUGGAGCAGGGCUUGGUCCAGCUCUCCAACCUGCUCAACAGCAAGCUCUUCCUCACCAAGUUCAUUCACACUCUGGAAAUCCAGCGUACUUUCUCUCCGAGAGACCGGGCCUAUGUGGCAUCUCUGCUCACCGUGUCGCUGCAUGGGAAGCUGGAGUACUUCACUGACAUCCUCAAAACACUCCUGAAUGACCUUGUGGAGCAGUAUGUGGCCAAGAACCCCAAGCUGAUGCUGCGGAGGACGGAAACAGUGGUAGAGAAGCUGUUAACCAACUGGAUGUCCAUCUGCCUGUAUGCAUUUGUGAGGGACUCUGUUGGGGAGCCCCUUUACAUGCUGUUCCGAGGAAUCAAACACCAGGUGGACAAGGGCCCUGUUGACUGGGUGACAGGGAAAGCCAAAUAUACCCUGAAUGACAACCGGCUUCUGAGAGAGGACCUGGAGUACCGGACUCUGACUUUAAACGCUUUGACGCAAGCAGGAGUUGCUGCAGGAGGGGCAGAGGACUCCCAAGGGAUUUCUGCAAAAGUGCUAGACUGUGACACCAUAACACAGGUGAAGGAGAAAAUCCUAGACCAGAUCUAUAAAGGGACACCGUACUGUCACCGACCAGACCCAGACACCCUGGACCUUGAGUGGAGAUCAGGGCUGGCGGGUCAUCUCAUUCUGUCCGAUGAGGAUGUGACAUCUGUUGUUCAAGGAACUUGGAAACGCCUGAACACUCUUCAGCAUUACAAGGUGCCUGAUGGAGCAACAGUCGCGCUGGUCCCUCGCCUGACCAAGCACAUCCAUAGAGAGAAUCAGGAUUACAUCCCAGGAGAGAAAACACCAAUGCUGGAGGACGCAGAUGAAGGUGGGAUAAAACUUUGGCACCUGGUAAAACCAACAGAAGAGCCAGAGCUUCCCAAGCAUCGCCGUGGGAGCUUAAGAGAUCGGGAGCGAGCCAAGGCAAUCCCGGAGAUCUAUCUGACACGUCUGCUCUCUAUGAAGGGCACCCUGCAGAAGUUUGUGGAUGACUUGUUCCAGGUGAUCCUCAGUACCAACCGCCCCGUCCCGCUGGCGGUCAAAUACUUCUUUGACCUGCUGGAUGAGCAGGCGAUGCACUACGGGAUUGCAGAUCCUGAGACCAUCCAUAUCUGGAAGACAAACAGCCUGCCCCUGCGGUUCUGGAUCAACAUCAUCAAGAACCCCCAGUUUGUUUUUGAUGUGCAGACGUCAGAUAACGUCGACGCUGUGCUUCUGGUCAUCGCACAGACCUUCAUGGACUCCUGUACGAUUGCUGACCAUAAGCUAGGACGGGACUCUCCAAUCAAUAAGCUGCUCUAUGCCCGGGACAUUCCUCGCUACAAGCAAAUGGUGGAAAGGUAUUAUGCGGACAUCCGUCAGACCAUCUCUGCCAGUGACCAGGAGAUGAACUCUGCCCUGGCUGAGCUAUCACGGAAUUACUCAGGUGACCUCAAUUCCCUGGUGGCUCUGCAUGAAUUGUACAAAUACAUCAAUAAGUACUAUGACCAGAUCAUCACAGCCUUGGAAGAAGACCCAACAGCACAGAAGAUGCAGCUGGGAUACAGGCUACAACAGAUUGCAGCAGCUGUGGAGAACAAGGUCACGGAUUUGUGACAGGCGCAGACAGACUGCUCUCCCCUGGCUGAACAGGGCUGUGCUCGUCCUGGCUGUGUGCAGGGUGCCCUGCUGCCGUUGGAACCAGCCUCUCCAAGGAACCAGCGGGUGACACGCAUGGGGAUGGCCAAGGCAGUACGAAGUACAAGCGUCCUUGCAUCUCAGAGAAUAUUUUUUUACAGUUUUUUUUUUUUUUUCAUUUUUACGAGCAAAAACAAACGAACUUCAGUUUUCCUCUGACGGAGUCUCAGGGGACCACACGGCUCCUUCCUACAGACGUUAGGUGAAUGUGCCAAGCUUCCGAGCGGCGCUGCUGAAGAGGCGGGUGGCAGCGCCCAGCACCGUGUCUGCCAUCCUGGCCUCGCACGGGUGCCCUUGGGGAGGCUCCCUGGCUGCAGCCGCUCGUCUCACUAGGGAUACGGGAAGCUUCCCCUGGCUGACAGCUACACUGACCUCUGUCCCUGUACGGAUUAGCGAGCGCUCCUGCAGUACCCCAGCUGAGAAACUUCCUCGCAGCAGUGUUCCUGCUGGUUCUGGAUGUUGGGUGUGGAAAGGUCUGAUGGCGACGGCCUCCUGCUCCCCGGUGUGUGCGAUGCCUGCUGGGAUGUCGCGUGCUCACCAGCGGGCGUGCUCGCCCAGGAGCCCCCUGUAAGUGGACACCACCCCCUGGCCCUUCCCUCAGGACAAAUUUAGCACGUGAGGAGCCAGCCGCCCAGCUCGCCUUGGUCUCCUCUGACCCAGCUCUGGAUCCGUCGUUCCUGGUUCCUUGUGGUCGGGGUCACCCUGCUCUUCUGAAAAGCACAACAAAUGCCUUGUGCCACUUCCCCUUCCUCUGGUGUCUCGCUGUUCUGCUGCUCUGAACUGGACUUGUAAAUACCCUCAGAAAGAUAAUGUAUUUAAAUGCUAAAGGAGAAUGUUUAAUUUUGUGGCUUUGAGACAAAGCUUUUCUCGGAGAAGCAUCUCUGUGCACUUCUACUGACAAACGUCUGUCAGCACUGGAGCGAAGUGUUCUCCACUGCUUUGUCUGCAGGGAUAACUCGUAGACGUCUGCAUUGUCGUAACAGCAGCUUGCUUUUCCUCACAGCUCGCUUCGAGGCGUAGCUGUGUGCUCUUGCUCUUCUCUUAGGCUCGCCUUAUGCCUCAGUUUCACCUCCCGAACUCUCCGGUGGUGGCACACAGAAGGGUUAUCUGGGGAGCUGUGAGCUCCAGGAAGCCGAGAAGCACAACCGUGCUGGGUGCUCUGCGAACAGGAGUGCUGCUGCGAGCAAGGAGAGGCCGGAGCAGCGCACACAGUCAGUCCCCAGCCGGCCGGCCAGCCCCUCUGCUCUCUCUUGGAGAGCACUCGGGGCGGUUCUCACCUUGUGGACAGAGCACUCUGCCCUUCUGUGAGUGAAUUCCUGUCUGAAAGGUUACCCUACUUCUUCUCAUCCCCUGCUGAGCCCAGGCUGAUGUCCCGCAUGCCUGGGGCAGACCAGCAGGUCUCACUCCUGUCACUCCCUUUAGACAGUGAUCGUGCAGGCCAGGAGGGACCAGAGCUAGAACAGGGCACGAUCACAUCCCUACCUCUCUCUGUUGCGUAUCGCAGCAGUUCCAGGCCUGUUGGCUUCAUGUGAGUGCUGCGCGGUUGUGAGAUUUCCUCUGAGCAAUACAACGAGCACGCGUUGGCCUGUCUUCCCACAGACUCCCUGCCACAAAGCCAGCUCCCUGCUGUGGCCAUCUCAGCAGCAUUCCCAGGUACUCUGUGCCCAGGGUGCAGCCGCCGUCCCUGCGCCACCAUCCUGCUAUACUGGGUGGCCACUGGGGCAGGAAGGGGAGGCUGGGGUUUGUUUGCCUCUCUUCCACCAGGAGGGCACCGGUUUGGGUCCGUCUCCUGCCUGACCACCCUAUUCCAUGAACUUUUGGGAGCUUAGCAUCUCUGGAAUUUCUGUCUCCACUAAAUCUGAGGAAAUUAGCCCCAAAAAAGCUGGGUGGAGGAAAGGACUGGCAGAUAGGAAAAAGCAGAUAAAAUGCAAGUUCACAAAGCCUGUUCCCUUAGGAACCACGGGAGGCGAUUGCUUGGUUCAGGGCAGGAUGAAGGAGCGGCAGGCAGCGGUGGUGUAGCGUUGUCCCACUUGGGCACUGACAGUGAACUUGCUGCUCUGGGCAGCAGGGCUGGGUUUGUGGCCUCCAACUCGCUGAGCACCUUCCAGGAGCCGCAGGUGAUCUGCUGCACCUAAGGCUCAGCGGGCUGCUCAUGUCUGCUCCUAGUUCUGCAGGAUUUUCUCUGCUUUCCCAGAGCAGGGCAGCACCAGGCUUGGUUCUGGAUCUGCCUCACAGCAGCAAAGGGAGGCUCAGGGGCUCUCCUGGGGUCAGUGCCAGGCAUCCCGCUCUCUUCUGCUCGCCCCUGGCAGCUCUCUGGGUCCUGCAGCAUCUCCUGCUCCGGUCAGGGUAAAACUACGCAGAGAGCUUUUGGGGGAAUCGAGCUCUGCAUCCUCUUUGCUUCUCAGUAGCACUCCCAGAUGUCAGAGAUGAUUUACUUUGUGAAAAUCUGCUUUCAUCAGAGCAAUAAUCAGGACUUGCAAACAGAGCUAAACAUGGGGGAUGUGUUCGACAUCUCCAGCUCAUCUGUGCGUGGCCAGGCAGGAGGCAGCACCUGGUACAGGUACAGUGAGGGCAGGGGACUGGUGCCCACCUCUCCCCAUUGAGGCGCCCUCGGUGUCCUCCUUCCCCCAGCCCCUCGUAGGGUGCUCGGGCACGGCCCCCCCUUCUCUCCGUCCAUUCUCCGCUCCUGUGGCAAAAUCCCUUCCUCCAGCAGGGUUCUGUUGCAUGGAGAUUUGCACAAAACAGCUUUUUAUUGUAAGACUCCCUACUGCAGGGAAGAGUUAUUUAUUUAUUCCUCACAAUCCUUCCACAUUUCUCCCAGCCUUCGCCCGGCCCCUCCGACGGCAGGGCUGCGAGGGAUGGCAGCGCUCCCUUCGCAGUCCCCAAAAGGUGAUCUUGAGUGUUUUGUGCUGCGGUCAGAGAAAGAAACUUGCUUCUUCUGUGGUCUGCACGACAGGCUGAGAGCUGAUCAGUAUUACAGGUUAUCUGUUAGUGCGUUGAAUGUCUCCUGCUGGCACAGCCACGGGCACGCACACCGCAUAGACGUGAGAGCGCUGCUUUCGUCUGCCCAGUGGCACGUUUGGGCUGUACCUGGGAGUUUUUUUUUUACAGAGAAAUGAUGGUUAGUUUCUUUUUAAAGAAAAUAAAAGGGUUCUUGGAUCCCGCUGCUUUGGUGGAAUGCCAUUUAUUUUUCAGGGUGUGCCCCAGUCGCAGCGAGACGCUGCUUUUUUGGUGCCUUUCUUGUCAGGACGAUGGUUUUGGUUUCCUGAACACCCGGUUUGCUCUCAUAGCUCUUCUCCUGGUCCUCUGUCCUGGUGCCUGCCCUCUCCCAGCCGUGUGACGUGGUGUCUGUCUCUGUUACGGUAUGGCCUGACCUGCAUUUAUACCCUGCCACACCUUGAGUUCUGCUCAGAGCACCCGAGGUACUGUCUUUCUCAAAUUGGAAUUAAUAAUUAAUAUAAAAAGCUUGAAAAAAAAUCUGAAUUUUGUUACAUAGUGUAAUAACUGUUUGUAGAUACUGUUCUGAGAUGUAGGAAUCUAUUGGUGAUAUAAAAGGUUUUGUCUGUAAAUAAUCAGUUUAGAGUCCAAAUGAUUUUAAUAAAGAGAAUUCUUACACAAUAA